AUGGCCGACACCAUCUUCGGCAGCGGGAACGAUCAGUGGGUUUGCCCUAAUGAUCGGCAGCUUGCCCUGCGAGCCAAGCUGCAGACAGGCUGGUCCGUGCACACCUACCAGACCGAGAAGCAGAGGCGAAGCCAGUGCCUCAGCCCAGCAGAGGUGGAGGCCAUCCUGCAGGUCAUCCAGAGGGCCGAGCGACUCGACAUCGUGGAGCAGCACAGGAUUGGGCGGCUGAUGGAGCGGCUGGAGACCAUGAGGCGGAACGUGAUGGGAAACGGCUUCUCCCAGUGUCUGCUCUGUGGGGAGGCGCUGGGCUUCCUGGGCAGCUCAUCGGUGUUCUGCAAAGACUGCAGGAAGAAAGUCUGCACCAAAUGUGGGAUCGAGGCCUCCCCUGGCCAGAAGCGGCCCCUGUGGCUGUGUAAGAUCUGCAGUGAGCAAAGAGAGGUCUGGAAGAGGUCGGGGGCCUGGUUCUACAAGGGGCUCCCCAAGUAUAUCUUGCCCCUGAAGACCCCUGGCCGGGCUGAUGACCCCCACUACCGACCUUUGCCCAUGGAGCCUGCAGAACGAGAGCCCAGAAGCACUGAGACCAGCCGCAUCUACACAUGGGCUCGAGGGAGAGUGGUUUCCAGCGACAGUGACAGUGACUCGGAUCUCAGUUCCUCCAGCCUAGAAGACAGACUCCCACCCACUGUGGUCAGGGACCCAAAAGAUGACAAACCAUGUGGCAGCAUAGAGUCCCCCAGGAUGGGGCUCACUCGCCCGCCCAGCCACCUCUCAGGGAGCCAGAGCAGCCUGGCCAGCGAGAGUGGACCAGGCUCUGCAGACCCACAGGGGGGCACCCCACCCCGGCCUGACCCCAAGAGCCCUGGCAAAAGACACACCUGGGCAAGUCCCCGCUGCUGACAUGGCCUCUGAGGGUCCCCGCAGCCCACCCUAGGCUGAGGCUUAUUCGGUGCAUGGAGCAGACUUUCCAGUGGAAGAUUCUGAGAGCAAGAGAAAGCUGGAGGCAGAUCCCUCCUGGCUCCUUCCUGACCAGUCUCAGCCACCCCGUUGGCCGUGACCACUGACUCAACCAACCAGUGUUUGGGGGGCUGAGUCUGCUGCCCCCACCCAGUGCCUUCCUGCGCCCCUUCUCUCCUAAGAGUCCUCCUCACCCACCACUCCCCCCUCCAACCACUCCACUCGGCCACUGACCUUUAUUUAUUGUCCUCCCCUGUCGCCACCGCCAGUCUACCCUGUGUUUGUUUGCUUGUAUCUUGGAUUGGGCUGGAAGGGCCUUCAGACCCAUCGUGUGGGGGCCUUCCCAUAUGCACUGCGAUUUCAGAGGGGCCCCAAGCAGGGCUUUCUCUAUAUUUGUAUUAAUGGCAAGAAACAUAACCCUGAGCUCUACGCUUCAAAGCUGAGCUUGGCUCCUUGAGGCAAGUGUUGGAGCCAAGAGCAGGUGGGAUGAGAGAUCUGCCCACCCCUUCCCUCUCCCUGCAGCCCCAGGGCCAGAAGGAGCAUUGUCUCCCCUCCCUCAGGACUAGCCCAGGAGCCGCACUUGAAGCCUGGCUCUGUGUUAGGCCUCUUUGAAUCCCUCCAUUGGCCUCCCCAGUUCUUGCUCAGCCUCCAUUCAGCUUGAGGAGCUGGGAAUGGUUCUGGUAGCAGCCUUCGUCUGAGUCCCCAGCCAGGGCUCCCCUAAGCCAUUAAUUCACUUCUCUUCAGUAGGUUUGGUUUGGCAUGAAAAAUAUUUAAUUCAAAGUGCGGGCAAAUACUUCUGGAAAAUCCUUCCCUGAAGAGAGAGAACAUGUGUCUGUGUGUGUUGGUAUCCACACCCUCCCGUCUGUCUUGCCUCUCCCCACCUCUACCCCCUACCCAGUUCUCCAAGGGCCUUUUUCUCUCCAAGUCAGGAGUUCCCAGGCCCCCACCAUUAGCUCCGUUGCCCUUGCCGCUGGCAGAUGGUAAAAAAACUCACUGUUUCCCUGUGACACAUUAUGCUUCAGAAGUAAAACAAUAAAGAUUAGAAUUUGCAUUGAG